GAGGCCUCCGGAGACUUAACGGCUUUCAAUAUGCAGAAUGAGAUGUCCAGGAUUCCCAUCUACAGCUUCCAACAGCCCAAAGUGAUCAGUAUGCCAACAGAUCCACAUUCAAAAGAGCAUUGUUUUGUCAAACCUGACCUGGGCCCCCUGAAAGCUCCUGAUUUCACUUUUGGUGAAAAUGUUCCUGUGCGUGCUGCCCUCAAAGACACAAAUCAAAGGUUCAUGAAGAAGGCAACACAGCCACCACCUAAGAAAGCAGCAACGUCAAAUGCUCGAACCCCUAUGAGCAGAUACAGACGGGAGGCUGAGCUCAGAAACAAGAACAAGCAGUUGGAGUCUGCUAAAUGGGAAGUGAGCUCAAAGCUGAUGGAAGCAGAGAAAGAUCUGAAGAAUGUGAAGGAGCAGUGCGAUAGUCUGGAAAAAGAAAACCAGAAGCUGAAGAAAUUUCAGGAGAGCUGCAUGUUGAUCUUGGCAGCUAGGAAUUGUGACCCGGCUACAGGUGACAAAAUUUUGGAAGAGGAUGAGGAGAACCAGAAGACACAGGCUGAAAUAAUGGAUUUGAUGGAGAAGCUGACUAGUGACCUUGAACUAUUCACCCAGAUGGCAAAAGAGCAAAAAGAGAAUCUUCAGAAGACACACAUCAAAUGGAAGCAGGUGGAGGAGGAACAGGCCCAUUUCUUAGAGCAGGAGCAGUGUUUUCAUAGAGAAAUGGAAGAUUUGUUUGCCAUCUUGGAUCAGGCAGAGGAACUUGUUAAUUCAUCGUAACAAGAACUGAGCCAUGUAAUCUUGUGCUGAUCUGCUUCCUUAUUGGACUCCAAUAUAUAGAGCAGGGGUAUCCCUUGGAACUUUAUAGUUUUAAUAAGGUUUGUCUUUGAAACCCUUUGGUUUUUUUCCUUUUCUCUUUUUUUGUAAUUAAUUUU